AUUUCAUUAAUUGACAACAUCCAAGACCCAAAAAAAUUGCAAGAUAAUAAUAAAAUUGCCAUGAGAAGAAAAAGAUGAAUUUGUCCACUGCCAAAGCGGGACCAACUGAGCUCCAAAUUUCACAGAUACAAAAGAAACGCUUCCCAUACAAUUCCUCCCCACCUCCCCACAAGAUGAAUGGCAACAACGAUGACCCCACAACCCCUCUCCUCCCGCUCCGCGGAGAUUGCGACAGACGAGGGCCGCUCGUUUCGCCGUCCCCCUCGCCCCUCCUCGAUCUCUUCAUGCCGGGGAAUGCGUUUGUCGCCCUCAGCCCGCUCCUGUGCGCCGUGACGUGCCUCUGCGUGAGGCUCGACGGGCUGGGGGCUGGCUGUAACAUGCUCGGCGUGCUGGUGUGGAUGUUCGCGUGGUGGCUGACUGAGGCCGUGCCGAUGCCAGUGACCUUGAUGGCGCCGCUCUUCCUGUUCCCGAUGCUCGGGAUCGCGUCUGCGGACGCCGUCACCAGGUCUUACAUGGACGACGUGAUCACGCUCGUCCUUGGGAGCUUCAUCCUUGCUCUCGCCGUCGAGCACUAUAACAUCCACCGGAGACUCGCCUUGAAUAUAACAUUACUUUUCUGCGGAGAGCCGCUGAACUCGCCUCUGUUGCUCCUCGGGAUAUGCACAACCACGGCAUUCGUGAGCAUGUGGAUGCAUAAUGUGGCGGCGGCGGCGAUGAUGAUGCCCGGAUUUUUCUCAACACCCGUCGCCACGGGGAUCCUCCAACGCCUCCUAGAGGGGCCAGCCCGGCCCGACGCGGCGGGUAAGUUUUGCAAGGCGGUGGUGCUGGGGGUGAUAUACUUGACCGCCGUUGGGGGGAUGAGCACCCUCACCGGGACAGGUGUCAACCUGAUAUUGGUGGGGAUGUGGAAGAGCUACUUCCCAGAGGCAAACCCCAUCAGCUACAACACAUGAUUCUUCUUUGGGUUCCCUCUGGCCUUGUUGAUCUUCUUGGGCUUGUGGGGGAUCCUCUGCUUGAUGUACUGCUCAAGGGGCUCAGGAAGGGCUCUAUUUGCUUACUUGGACAAGGCCCAUCUCAAGAGAGAGCUUGAAUUGUUAGGUCCAAUGGCAUUUGCUGAAAAGAUGGUGUUGACCGUCUUCUCUAUGCUAAUAGUUUUGUGGAUGACAAGAAGCAUAACAGAAGACAUUCCCGGCUGGGGAGCUCUAUUUGAAGGAAGAGCAGGCGAUGGAACCAUCAGUGUGAUGAUGGCGACGUUGCUCUUCAUAAUCCCGAACAAGAAGCAGAAAGGAGAGAAACUGAUGGACUGGGACAAGUGCAAGAAGCUACCGUGGAACAUCAUCCUCCUCCUCGGGGCUAGCUUCGCGAUCGCUAAUGGGGUCCGCUCCAGCGGGCUCGCGGAUGUCCUAUCGGAGACCCUAGGAUUCCUAGAGGCGGCACCGUACCUGGCCAUUGCCCUGGCCGUCUGCACCAUAAGCGGGACGAUCAUUGAGUUCACGUCAAACAACGUGACCACAACACUCCUCAUCCCUCUCCUCAUUCAGAUUGCCAAGACCAUAGGCGUGCACCCGCUGCUCUUGAUGGUUCCCGGAGCGAUCGGGGCUCAAUUCACUUUCUUGCUCCCCACCUGCACCCCUUCCAACAUCGUCGGCUUCACAACCGGCCACAUCAAAAUCGCCGGCAUGAUCAAGGUCGGUUUGCCUCUCAAGAUUACCGGCAUUGCCAUACUGUCCUUGCUGAUGCCCACAUUAGGAGCAUAUGUCUUCGGAAACAAAUGGUAAGGUGCCAUAGCAGAGGAGAGCUGUCUUUUGCCAUUGGAGUUUUGCAUCCCAAAUUCAACAGGCAAAAGAGAGGUUCCAGGAUUCAUCAACAGUCUAGUACAAGUGUUAGGAUUAAUUCUUUGGGGACUAUUCUCAAUUUUCCUUAUCAACUCUCUCUGUAUAUAAAACGACUGAAUAUGGAGCGGGCAAUGAAUAUCUUGAAACGAAA